AUGUGACACCGCACGUGAUCCCUGUUGGUAUGGCGGCGGUAAAGAGAGUAGUAUCAACAGUUACAAAUGUUAUAUUUCCUGAAGCUAAAGAAAUUCAGCAAAAGCCUGAUCGAGAGAUUCUCAGUGGCGGACAAUAUAUGUCAAAUCUGCCCCUGCAGAUGGCAAUAUAUUUUAAUUUAUUUUUCUUUCCACUUUGGCUUAUCACGGAAAUUAUUUUGAUUGAGUUAAAGUUUAGUGAAUUAUCUCAAUUGUACAAGAUCAUAAGCAUAUCAAUAGUUGUAAUUCUUACUCCUCUUGAAAUAACUCGCCUAUACUUGGGUUUUAGUGGAAACCUCUCAGAAAGAGUUCCCGAACUAGCUGGAUUCUGGUUGAUAACUCUGGUGCUAACUAUUCCACUUUUUCUUUUUCUUCUGUUUAAUGAUGCAAUAAUUAUCGUUCCAAUGGAAAGAGCUAUGAAUGCUAUAUAUGUAGCAUUUGUUUUAUUCGAAGUUAUAUCUGGUUUUAUAGCUAUAAGGAUGCUUGUAAAAUAUCAAGCAACGAAAUUUCAUCUGUCUCACUUCGUUGAUCUCGAGCCAAUUCCAGCCGAUGAAUAUGACGAACAAAUGAUGAAUGAAAGCAAGAAAAUGCUAUAA